UGCAGGCCAAUCAGAAUUUAUUAUUUUCCUUACCUGUAUUCGUGAAAUGGUGAAGGAGGGGAUCAUAGCGACGUAUAACGUUGACUACGUUAGAUUUCCACUGCGCGAUUACAUUCAUUUCUUUGCUUCGCACUUUUUCACCAUGCACAAGCAAAAACGAGCAAAAAGGAUUUAUUUGAUGUGUUUUAGAAUUUAUAUGCUUAUUCCUUGGUAGUGCUGUUGGUGGAAGUCGACACAUAAUUUAUAACAAAAAACAUCAACAACAACAACGAGAGAGAAAAAAGCGCUAGACAUAAACUGAGCAACGUCGCUGAAAUUUUCGUCAAAGAUAAAAACACGCGUAAAGAAAAUUUAUUAACAUUCAAAUCGGAAGAGUAUGUGACAAAUUGCGAAAAGAAUUUGCAUAUAAAUUUAAGCACAGUUGAAACAAGUAUUCUUGUUGGUUAGCACUUACGACAAACAAACAAAAAAAAAUUCUACACACCCGAUAUAUACGUAAAGUUGUGAAAAACUAUUCGGAAAAUUGCAUGACGAAAAUCAGCCACGAUUAAAUCGGAAUAUCAUUUAAUAUUUUAUCUUUUGGUUUUUUAUUGGCCGUACACAUUUUGAAAGUAUUCGUGAAAGUGGAUAUUGUAAAAAAAAAUAAUAUAAAAUGCUUUACUGUGUUUACCUGCGUUUCGUAAUAGUUUUGUUUCCAUUCAUGUUUCGGUCAACAUUGAGCCGUGAUGCACCAAUUGUGAAUAUUCCAGGUCAAGGCCAGAUAAUGGGCUUCUUUUCAAAAAUGCUUCGAUCACAUACGAUUGUUGGAUAUUUGGGCAUACCAUAUGCACAUCCUCCAAUUGAAAAUCUACGUUUUGCACCACCUCUUGUGGAUAAUCUUCCAUCGUGGGAAGGAAUUCGAAAUGGACAAAAUCCACCAAUGCAGUGUUGGUCCGAUAUUCGACGACCAUUAAAAAAUCACGACGAAAUGUUUUUUAAAAUUCUUGGCAUCGAUCCGAAAGCUUCUAAUACAUCACAGUUUAGUGAGGACUGUUUAUACCUGAAUAUUUUUGUACCUGAUGAUGAACCCCCAAAAGAUGGAUAUGCGGUGAUUGCAUGGUUGCAUUCUGGUGAUUUUGUAAGCGGCAAUUCAUCCGAACUGAAUCCAUUCCAAUUGGUAUACAAACAAAAAGUAAUAGUAGUCACAAUUGCCUUCCGACUUGGUGUCUUCGGUUUUUUUACUACAAGUGACGGUGAAGCUCCUGGAAACUAUGGACUGAUGGAUCAAUCCGUGGCUUUAUUAUGGAUAAGUAAAAACAUUCAAUUAUUUAAUGGAAAUCCAAAAUCGGUGACAUUAAUGGGACACGGAGCUGGUGCAGUUUCGGUAACAUUACAUUUAACAUCCGGACCAUGGUCUGAUGGUUUCUUCCAAAAGGCGAUAAUAAUGUCAAGUCCAUCGCUAUCAACAUCGGUUCGAGAUCCAAGAACAUAUAAAAAUGCUGCAAUGCAAGUGGGUGAAAUGUUUGCAUGUGAACUUCGAUCGGUUAAAAUGUUACAAUGUUUACGUCUUGUGCCCGACACCAGAUUAAUGGAAAAUAAUCCAGUAAUUGAAUGGACACCCGUUAUCGAUGGUGGUUUAAGUAAUAGCAUCGCAUCAUUUAUACCAUAUGACCCAAAAAUACUGUUUGAACGACAAGAUUAUGUUCGAAAGGGAAUACCAAUAAUGAUCGGUUUCACUGACAUGGAAGACGUCUUAGAUGUGUCUAUGCGUGAAAUGCUUGAUAAUGGUUUAACGAAUGACAUGUACACAACACUAACAACCGAUGCAAUACUAAAUGAUAUCGCUCAACUUGAGAUGAACAAUGAAACGGCAUGCAUUGAAAAUGGUGGCAGCACAAAUAAUCAACCAGUUUUGAGUGCUGUUGAUUUUGCAUACAAACCAUAUUUCACGGGUACGAAUGAUGGUGGUGAAUUGCGUAAGAAAUACAUUGAAUUUUAUACAGAACGUUUAUAUGUGGCACCAUCAUUUCAUAUUGCAAAAGCACUUAGCAAAACAUCGGAUGUGUUUAUGUAUCGUUUCGAUACAAAACCAAAGACUCAAGCAAUUAUUGAUAUGCUUCCAACAUGGUCGGGUGUACCGCAUCGGUUUGAUCAAAUUUUUGUGUGGGGAAUGCCGUAUUGGAUUUCGUUGGAGAAUCAAACACAAUGGUCACAGGAAGAUAAACGGCUAUCCGACAUUAUAAUGAGAAUGUGGGCAAAUUUUGCAAAAAGUUCAAAUCCAACCGAUAGUGGUGUUUAUAUACGAUGGACCAAUUUUACGGAAACAGAUCCGGGCGUACUGCUCAUUGAUCGUUCGUUUAAUAUGAGCGACACAAAUACACUUAACUAUCAAGGUGUACAAUUUUGGAACGAUUACUAUCCGAAAGUUAUUAGUUUUGCAAAUCAAUGUUGCAAUAUCACAAAUGGUGCAAUUGGAUUCAGUAAUAAACUCAAAUCAUCAUACACAUUUAUCCAAAUUGCUAUAUUACUUGUUACAAAAUUUAUUUUAACGACAGAACUUAGAUCGAAUUCAAUAUGAAGUUAUAUGAACGUUAUAAUUUUCAAUUUUCAAUUAUUUUGACAUUAUUAGUACAUUUAGAUUAUAGUGAAACACCGAUUAUUAAGGAUAAACUGUUCGAGUAUAGAUGGGAAUUUUGAUAAUCAAGCUAAAUAUCUGUUUAUUGACACAAAACAGAGAUAAUAAUUUUUUUUUAGUAUUUUUAGCUCCGAUGACGUCAAAGAAUGUAGCUGCCUCAAAUUUUAGAAUAAUUUAAAUAGAUAAUAUAAGGCGAAUUAUUACUUAAUUGUCCAGAAUUAUUUCAAAAUUUCUGAGAUAAAAUGAUAUUUUACGUCAAUGGCCAUUAUGGCAUUAAGUUCCGCAUUUUUCU